UCAAUACUUUGUAGUCUGGAGAAAAGUGAAUUCUUUGGACGACCGUUUAGUAAUAUUUGACGAACCGUAGGGGGUGUAUGCAUGCACACUACUUAAAACAUCGUUUUAAAAACGCAAACAAAAACAACUUGAAGCAUGAGUGUGUACUGUUCCCUUUUUUACAGAUAGGAUGGCAAAGCUAUUCUAAACUAAUGAGCAGAACCGCAUGUCGCGAGGUUCAGUAGAUAGUGUUGUUUUUUUUCUCUUCAUUUUUUUCUCUUCAUCUCGAAGCUCUCCGCUCCUCCUGACUCUGACUCUGACUCGCUGACUUUUCCAGCAGUUCAUUGUGUGACCGCAGCUCGAGAGGAUGACGGCUCGAGUGUGUUGUUUGGUGAGUGUGUUUUUAUUGUGUCUGUCUGGAUGCUUGAGCACAACAGACGCGGCUCCAGGACCAAACUGCACAGUGGUGGGUCACUGUCCGGCGAAGCUGACGGUCGUGCCGUCCAGUCGGGGAUGUGUUUCUGAUAAAGACUGCUCUGGAGGACACAAAUGCUGUGUCUUUGACUGCGGGGCUGUGUGUGUGCCGCCUGCUUUCACAAAGCCAGGAGUGUGUCCACGCAGAAAAUUUGGAGCAGGAAUGUGUGCCGAGUUCUGUGUCAAUGACAGCGACUGUCCAAACAUUGAGAAAUGCUGCAGCAAUGGAUGUGGACAUGAAUGUACGGCUCCAUAUACAGUGAAGCCUGGUCGAUGUGCCCUACCGAAGGGGACUCCAAUGUGUGCAGAAUACUGUUACCAUGAUGGCCAGUGUCCUGCUGAACAGAAAUGUUGCCCAACCACCUGCGGUCAUGCAUGCAGCGAACCGUGCUGAUUCAACUAUUGGAAGAAAGAGUCAAUGGAAGAUUGAUUUUGCAUAAUAAUACAUACUUUUUUUAGGGUUUUUUUAACCAUUUAAUGCUUUAUUCUUAGGAGUUGUUUCCCCUUUUUAUAACCACCUAAUAAACCUCAGUUUCAGUAAACCUUCUUUCAAUGG